AUCGGAGGCGUGGCUCUAUAAUUCUAAUUAGCGCGCACCAACAGAAAAGGCUGCUCUUGCUGGCAUUGGUAACUGGUUUUUCUCGAGCCAGGGAGCCUUUUGCGCAGGGAUUGCCGAUUGACUAGAAUAUGUCAGUGUCCAGCCUGUUCACUUCUGCCCUGCAUGUGGUAGUGAAUGACGUCACACUCCACGAGAGGGAAUUCCCGCUAUCUCCCUGGCAACGUGCGGACUCAGUUGGGGAAGGUGAUGGCGAGACGAGGACUCCUGUGUGCCAGAAACAUGCCUCUGGUAGCUACUGGGAGAUUAUUACACACACAAUUAUGAGCCAGUUCUGCAUGAAGGGAUGUACAGUCUGGACCUGAGUGAGAGUCAACUGAGACAAGAGGAGGUGGGGCUGGUCUGGAGACUGUGUCCUCGCCUCAAGAGACUAGACAUUGGAGUCAGGAGAGGCACUCGGGACUCACUAUCAACCACAGCUCUGGCGCAGUUGCUGUCUCACUUGCCGUCCCUCCUCUCCCUCAACCUCCAGUCCUGCUCCCUCCUGAAUGACGCCACUCUCCUCCCUCUCUCCUCCUCCUCCCCCUACCUCACCUCCCUCACUCUCUCCGGCUGCUCUCUUGUCUCUGACCCCAGUCUCCUGGCCAUAGCCUCAAGACUAUCAUACCUCCAGGCACUAGGCCUCGCUUACACACAGGUGUCUUCAGUUGGUCUUACUGCCUUGGCUAAAGGAGUCUGUGCCAAGGUUCUAAAGGAGUUGGACAUGAGUCACUGUGAGAGGGUGAGAGAUGACGGAGUCCUGUGUCUCCUCUCCCACUGUCCCUCUCUCUCCAUCCUCAUCCUCCAUGGCUGUCCUCUCCUCACCUCCCUCUCCAGAGACAUUGCCAGUCGUGGCCACAAAAUCAAACAAGUCACUUGGACUGUAUACUAACAUAGGGUCCUUUUUUAGUUCGUGUCUUGCAUUGUAGCGCUAUUGAAGGUUACUUUAAAACUACUUGUGACAUCUGCUGAGAGGUCAGUAGGAUAAGACUAUUCUCUGAUCUGUAAAGAUGACAGGACAAAAAGAUGAAGGGAAAUAGCUAGUAUGGCUAGUAGCAUCUUCAUGCAACACUAGGUAGUAUAAAAAGGGAUGGUAUAAAAAGGAACUUGAGGAGGAGGGAUGACUGAUUCAUGCCGUGCAAAGGCACCAUGCACCCGUCGACAGGCUACAUGCCUGUUGCCUGUUUUCUGCAUUCGCGCGGGUUUUGUACACGC